AUGGACAUGGCAACGACUCGUAGCGUCUCGAUACCCACUGGUUCCAGUGCAGCAGCGAGGUACUACUACUUUAUGUAUGCGCAGAACGAAGACACUAUUGCCGUUACUGCUACGAGUGAUGACAAUGACGUCGAGGGGUCGUGUCCAAGUGCGGCUGCUUUCGAGUCGAGUGGCGGUGAUGCAGAGCAAGUGCCGCGUCUACGGCUGCGUGAGCUGAGCUGGAAGAAUCGUGCGCGAUUCGUCGAGAUGAUGGAGCGCCACUCGUUCGUGGUGCUGACUGACAUUGGCUCGCCGCUAGAAGAGAUCCAUGGCCAAGUGCUCCAGCAGUUCGACAAGUUCUUUACGAGCAACGACGAGGACUGGAAGACCGGGUGCACCAGCAAACACAUCUAUCGCAACGAGCAUGGCAAGCCAUUCUGGUAUGCUGGCUACGAGCACACGAGUGUACGCGACUGCUUCCGCGUGGCUUGUGGGGACAUGUCGCGGCUGGUGUGGCCGUCGCCCGCGUUCCAAACGCAUUGGCUGUCGUUGCAGCGCCAUAUGCAGCGUAUUUGCGAUCGUGCGCUAAGCUUGACUGUUGGCUACGACGUCGAGCCUAGCCACGCACGCUCGGACAAGGACCAUUCGGUCUGCUACGGACUGCACUACCCGAAUAGUGAGGGAAGUGGCCAAUCGGAAACGGAGAACGUGUUCGAGCAUGUGGAUCCAAGUCUAUACGUGGUAGAACCCGUGUCCAGUGUCGAGGGGUUAGAUGUGUAUGAUCAACAUUCCAAGCAAUGGCUGAAGGUUGAAAAGGUGUGCGCGCCCGGUAGAGAGAUUGUGCUCUUCUGUGGUCAUGCCCUGAAUCGCGCCACGCAAGGUCGCAUACCAGGAACGUUGCAUCGGGUUCGUCGCACCGCAGAUCGCCGCUUUUGUAUCGUGUACGAGCAGAAGUAUGAGGAGUACUUCCUUUGA